AUGAAGGGGAUAGUCCUAGUACUGAUUUGUAGNAAGAUUGUGGACACAAACAUACGCCCAAACACGUCUUUUGUGAAACAUUUCCUGCCGACCGAGCUGAGCAUUUCUAUCUGUCUGAGUCACAGGAACGCCAUCAAUACACACGAGGUUAUUCUGUGUGAAGGGUUUGUCUUUAUGAUUAUGGAUUAUGCUGUCCGCGGUGAUCUUCUGACCCUGAUUCGACAAAAUGGCAGUAUGUCGGACAUGGAAGCACGCCAGACGUUCUCAGGAAUCGCUCAGGGAAUUAAGUAUCUCCAUGAUAACGACAUAUCACACCGGGAUAUAAAAUGUGAAAACAUCUUCUUGAUGAAGGACAAAACUCCGGUGAUCGGGGACUUCGGGUUCGCCAAGCGUGUCCGUCUCGUGAACGGAAAGCCAUGUCCCAGCACAUCAUACUGUGGUAGUAUGGCAUACGCCUCACCUCAGCUGCUGUUUAACCAACCUUACGACCCAAAGAUGAACGAUAUAUGGAGCCUCGGCUGUGUCCUCUUUAUCAUGAUUUGUGCCACCAUGCCAUACGACGACAUGCGCCUGGGUUUAAUGCGCAGGAAAAGGGUAUUCGAGAAGGUCAUGUUUCCGGUCAGGGUAGUAGAUAGGCUACAUCCAGACUGCAAGGACCUCAUCUACAAGAUGCUUGAGGCUGAGACUGAUCAGAGGUUCAUCAUAGAGGGUGUUCUGGCGCAUCAUUGGCUCAAGGAAGUCACAUGAUAUAUUUAAACUAGAGAAUUGUUCAGCUUUGAGUCAGAGCUCUUCUUAAAAUAUGAUGCAAUACAUCGUUAAAUAUCCAUGCAUGCGGACCUCCUUCGGAGACACUCACCACGCAUAUAAGCAUAUAUGUAUAUUUAAAUAUAUUUCAAGCUAUAUAAUAAAUAUAAACUGAAUAGUCUUUAUUUUCAUAACCAACCCAUUUCAAUGGUUAAGGUCAACCCUCGGUAAAGUGCCUCUAGAUGGUUCUAAGAUCCCUGUGGUAAGCUAGCAUUACACACAACGUUUGUUGAUGGUAUCCAUGUCUUCUCAAAAUGGAGCUUAGUAUAGACCUAUUGAUUACUCUAUACUAAAACUAAGCUGGGUUUGUCGGAAUGGCUUAAGUGUAAGUAAACAGUGAAAAUCGUCAUUGCCUCUUCAGCACACUCUAGACUCUCACAGUGUUUCCAGGCAAAGCAGGAGCGUUGGUUCAAUAGGUCAAGUGCCGUUCCGCCCGGAUGUGUGACGUUAUGCAUUCCUCGUGUCUCGAGGGUCAUGCGCAAUGAGAGCUGAUCUAUCUGUCACCUCAAAGUUUAGUCUAAACAUAUUUAUUGCCAAAAGUAGACAGAGGGAUAAGUUACAAGUUUUAAAUAAAAUACAACUUACCAACGCCUUCUCCAAAUACACAUUUUCAAUGAUACAGUCGUAAAUACAAUUUGAACUCCAAAUCUCUGGCUGGAUUUAAUAAAUUUGCACAUAUCUGAAGUCCACGGAAAAUAGGGAAUGUCAAACAAAACUAUUUCGUAAUUUAACGCAACAUUCAAAUUAUUUAAAUUUUGAACCAGAAUACGUCUUUCAAUCGUAAAAAGUUGACAUUCCAAAAAGUAGUGAGAGACAUUAUCAUAUGGAUGACCACGCAAGCUGUACUUUCAACAAGGUUAACUCUAAAGAGGUCGUUAUUGAGGGAACUGCAAUGGUGUGUGAGCUUAGUAUGCAAAAUAUGAAGUUUACGAUUUCCGAAUUUAAGGUAGAUAGAUGGAACUGAUUGUAUAUUUGAUGUUAAACAGGUUUUGAAUAAAUUUAUAGAGGGCAAUGAUC